AUGGCGAGCGGAAUGCCCGUAAAUGAUACCUGCGUGACAGCUUUCAAUGAGCUGAAGCUGCGCCACGCCUACAAAUGGAUCAUAUUCAAGAUCGACCACGACGAGAUCGUGGUGGAGAAAAAGGGAACCAGCCCCGCUGCUGAGUUCUCCAAGGAACUCCCUGCAUCCGAUUGCAGAUACGCAGUGUACGAUGAAGGUCAGCGCAUCCACUUCAUCCUGUGGUCUCCUGACUGCGCCCCCGUGAAGCCCCGCAUGAUCUACUCUUCUUCAAAGGAUGCCCUGGGCAAGAAGUUGGAGGGGACGAUGGCCACCACUCUGGAGGCUCACGAGCUGAGCGACCUCAGCGUGCUUACCUAA